AUGGCUCGUGGCAAGAAGAAAGGAGGCCGCCGCGGCAACGACUCGGACUCGGAUGAUGCCACCGCUGCACCGCCCGCUGCCCCCGCUGUGGUCGACGAGAGCGACAAGAAGGCGGCGCGUAAGGAAAAACUGAAAGCUCGCAAGGCGCAGCGCCAAGCUGUCAAGGCCAACGAGGAACAGGCCAGUCAGCGCACAGCGUCGGACGCCGAGCAGGACGACGAAGAAGACGAGGAGGAUCCGUAUGCGCAGACCAAACCUGAGCCUGUGACGGAGAAGAAGAAAGACAAGAAGAAAGGCAAGAAGAAAAUGAUCUCUUCUGAUCUGUUUUUCGACCCCGACAAAGAAGGUAAACGUCUCAGUAACAAGGAGCGAAAGCGUAUCAAAGAGGAGCAGGAGCGUCAGGAACGCGAGGACGAGUACCACCGUGCUGCGAACCCCAUGGACGGCGCGCAGUUCUCCGUCUCGCAACAGGCUUUCACUGAAGACUCGAACUGGGAGAACGCUACGGAUAUUCACAUCGAGAACUUCAGUAUCAACGCGCACAACAAGCUGCUGUACGACAACGCGUCGCUGCACAUUAAUGCUGGCGGGAAGUAUGGUCUCGUGGGUCCCAACGGUCAGGGUAAGACCACGAUCUUAAAGAUGAUCGCUCUAGGCGAACUCAAGAUCCCGCCCAAGGUGGACUGUCUGUACGUGGAGCAGGAAGUGGUGGCUGAUGACACACGCGCCGUGGACGCCGUGCUGAAGGCCGACGCUGAGCGUUGGGCUCUGCUUGAGGAGGAGAAGUUCCUGCUCGCUGAGCUGGAGACCAAGCAAGACUCGGCUCUGGACGACCGACUGAACGAAGUGUAUGAGCAACUGUCGCACAUGAACGCGUCUGCUGCUGAGGCCCGUGCGCGCCGUAUCCUUUUCGGUCUGGGAUUCGACUCGGCCAUGCAGGAGAAGGUCACGAAGGAUUUCUCGGGUGGUUGGCGAAUGCGUAUCUCGCUGGCCAAGGCGCUGUACGUGGAGCCGACGCUGUUGAUGCUUGAUGAACCGACGAACCACUUAGACUUGAACGCUGUCAUUUGGCUUGAUGACUACCUGCAAAAGUGGAAGAAAACGCUGCUCGUGGUCUCUCACGACGCUGAUUUCCUGAACAGUGUGUGUACAGAAGUGCUGCACUUGGAGAACAAGAAGAUUGUGCACUACAAGGGCAACUACGACAUGUUUCGAGAUAUGGAGAAGCAGAAACGCAAGCAGAUGGAGAAGGCCUGGGAGAAACAGCAGAAGCAGCUGCGUAACCUCAAGGCUUCGGGUAAAUCGUCCAAGAAGGCCACGGAGAUUGUCAAGAAGAAACGUGAGCCUGGUGCUCGCUCGUCCAAGAAGAAGUCGAUGAUGCCGGGCGACGCAGCGGAGGCCAGUGCCCCCAUGGAUCUGCUGGAGCGACCAAAGGAGUACAUUGUGCAGUUCAGUUUCCCAGAGACGACGGUCGUAUCGCCGCCUAUCCUUGAAGUCCGAGAAGCCAGCUUUCGCUAUGGCGACGGCCCGUAUCUGUUCAAGGACACGGACUUUGGUAUCGACACGACGUCGCGAGUGUGUAUCGUGGGUCCUAAUGGUGUGGGUAAGAGUACCCUGCUCAAGAUGAUCACGGGUGAAGUAACUGUGGUUGAGGGCGAGGUGCGUCGUAACCCGCGUGUGCGUCUGGGUAUCUACAGUCAGCACUUUGUGGACAAGUUGCCGAUGGGCGAGACGCCGGUGGAGUACCUGCGUCGCUUGUUCCAGGAUCAGACAUACCAGCAAGUGCGUAACUUGCUCGGUAAAGUCGGUCUCGAGGGCCACGCGCACGAGAUCAAGAAUCGCUUGCUGUCUGGCGGUCAGAAGGCGCGUGUGGUGAUCGCUGAGCUGAUUCUGAUGCGUCCGCACAUUCUGAUUCUGGAUGAGCCGACGAAUAACUUGGAUAUCGAGUCCAUUGACGCGCUGUGUGACGCCAUUCGCGAGUAUGAAGGCGGCGUGGUGAUCGUGACGCACGACGCGCGUCUGAUUGAGUCGACCGAGUGUGUGUUGUGGGUGUGUGGCGGCGACCAGGAUGUUGUGGUGUACGACGGAUCGUUCGAGGACUACAAGCAGUCGAUUCUGGAUGACUUGCACAAGCAGGCACAGGCUGAAGAGGAGCGUCUCGCCGAGAACGCUGCGAAGAAGGCCGAGGCUCGCGCGCAGAAAACCAAGGGACAGUCAGCUGCAGAAGCUGAUGCUUAAGUCGCUGCGGUCGGGUAGCUAUAGUAGCGAGCGGUAGCUGUGCAUAGCUGGGAAUUUAGACGCGCGAAUGUGUUGGUGGCGCAUAACUGCA